AUGCAAACGGCCAACUGCCCUUGCGAAUCCCCGCGGGUACCCGACCGGCGAAGGAUGGCAAACGGGCAGCACCGGAGCUCCUCCACCCGCAGUGACGGCUUCGGGUCGCUGGGGCCAAGGAUGGGGGUGAUAAAUGCAGGGAAGAGCACACACAAUGAAGAUCAAGCCAGUUGUGAAGUCCUCUUUGUCAAGAGGAAAGCUGGAGGAGCUAAUUCUACACCAAACAAGAACUCUUCAAAACGGAGGUCGUCGCUGCCCAAUGGAGAAGGUCUCCAGCUGAAAGACAAUUCGGACUCGGAUGGGAUCAACCUGUACUACUGGUCCCUGUUUGAUGGACACGCUGGAUCAGGGGCAGCUGUGGUGGCUUCCAAACUGCUGCAGCACCACAUCCUGGAGCAGCUGCAGGACAUCGUGGACAUCCUGAGGAACACGGCCGUCCUCCCACCCACCUGCCUGGGAGAGGAGCCCGACAACCCGGCCACCAACAGCAGGACGCUGACACGGGCAGCCUCCCUGCGUGGUGGUGUGGGGGCCCCGGGCUCGCCCAGCACCCCUCCAACACGCUUCUUCACUGAGAAGAAGAUCCCACAUGAAUGCCUGGUUAUUGGGGCCAUAGAAAGUGCGUUCAAGGAGAUGGAUUUGCAAAUAGAGCGAGAGAGGACUGUGUAUAAUAUUUCUGGUGGCUGCACAGCCCUUGUGGUGGUGUAUUUAUUGGGGAAGCUUUACGUGGCAAACGCUGGUGAUAGCAGGGCUAUAAUAAUCCGAAAUGGUGAAGUUAUUCCAAUGUCUUCAGAAUUCACCCCAGAGACCGAACGCCAGCGACUUCAGUAUCUGGCUUACAUGCAGCCCCACUUGCUGGGAAAUGAGUUCACACAUUUAGAGUUUCCACGGAGGGUGCAGCGCAAGGAAGUUGGAAAGAGGAUGCUCUACCGUGACUUCAACAUGACUGGCUGGGCAUACAAAACCAUUGAGGAAGAUGACUUGAAGUUUCCCCUUAUAUAUGGAGAAGGCAAGAAGGCUCGGGUUAUGGCAACAAUUGGAGUGACCCGAGGACUGGGAGACCAUGACCUGAAGGUGCACGACUCCAAUAUAUACAUCAAACCUUUCUUGUCCUCGUCUCCUGAGGUGAGAGUUUAUGACCUCGUGCAGUAUGAGCAUGGGCCAGAUGAUGUUCUGAUCCUAGCUACUGAUGGACUCUGGGAUGUGCUGUUAAAUGAAGAAGUGGCAGAAGCUGUCACUAACUUUCUACCAAACUGUGACCCUGAUGAUCCCCACAGGUACACGCUGGCGGCACAGGACUUGGUGAUGCGAGCCAGGGGAGUGCUGAAGGACCGGGGCUGGCGAAUAUCCAACGACAGGCUGGGCUCUGGAGAUGACAUCUCUGUCUACGUCAUCCCCUUAAUACACGGGAACAAGCAGUCAUGA